GCCGCCUGGGUGUGCCAGCGGCGCAGGAGGCUGUGCAGCUCAGAGCGGGCGAGCGCGAAAAAUCACUACCAAUAUAAUGGAUUUUAUAUGUCAGAUUGCUUUAUUCUGGAUAUCAUGGUAACAAUACAGAAAGUAUACAUAACUUCCCAUUUCUGCAAGUAGUCAUGACGGCUGAAGAAAGAAAAACUUAAAGCUACGGCAGAAUUAUUUGGGUACCUUUUAUGGAAAUUCUGAUUUUGUUUUUAAUUUUUGAUAACUUUUUACUGAAGGUAUGAACACACAAAGAGCUUAUUUUGAUAGGCAAAUACACAUUAAUAAGAAUGCCUAGAAGAGGACUGAUUCUUCACACCCGGACCCACUGGUUGCUGUUGGGCCUCGCUUUGCUCUGCAGUUUGGUAUUAUUUAUGUACCUCCUGGAAUGUGCCCCCCAGACUGAUGGAAAUGCAUCUCUUCCUGGUGUUGUUGGGGAAAAUUAUGGUAAAGAGUAUUAUCAAGCCCUCCUACAGGAACAAGAAGAACAUUAUCAGACCAGGGCAACCAGUCUGAAACGCCAAAUUGCUCAACUAAAACAAGAGUUACAAGAAAUGAGUGAAAAGAUGAGGUCAUUGCAAGAAAGAAAGAAUGUAGGGGCUAAUGGCAUAGGCUAUCAGAGCAACAAAGAGCAAGCACCUAGUGAUCUUUUAGAGUUUCUUCAUUCCCAAAUUGACAAAGCUGAAGUUAGCAUAGGGGCCAAACUACCCAGUGAGUAUGGGGUCAUUCCCUUUGAAAGUUUUACCUUAAUGAAAGUAUUUCAAUUGGAAAUGGGUCUCACUCGCCAUCCUGAAGAAAAACCAGUUAGAAAAGACAAACGAGAUGAAUUGGUGGAAGUUAUUGAAGCUGGCUUGGAGGUCAUUAAUAAUCCUGAUGAAGAUGAUGAACAAGAAGAUGAGGAGGGUCCACUUGGAGAGAAACUGAUAUUUAAUGAAAAUGACUUCAUAGAAGGUUAUUAUCGCACUGAGAGAGAUAAGGGCACGCAGUAUGAACUCUUUUUUAAGAAAGCAGACCUUAUGGAAUAUAGACAUGUGACCCUCUUCCGCCCUUUUGGACCUCUUAUGAAAGUGAAGAGUGAGAUGAUUGACAUCACUAGAUCAAUUAUUAAUAUCAUUGUGCCACUUGCUGAAAGAACUGAAGCAUUUGUACAGUUCAUGCAGAACUUCAGGGAUGUUUGUAUUCAUCAAGACAAGAAGAUUCAUCUCACAGUGGUAUAUUUUGGCAAAGAAGGACUGUCUAAAGUCAAGUCCAUCCUAGAAUCUGUCACAAGUGAGUCUAAUUUUCACAAUUACACCUUGGUCUCAUUGAAUGAAGAAUUUAAUCGUGGACGAGGACUAAAUGUGGGUGCCCGAGCUUGGGACAAGGGAGAGGUCUUGAUGUUUUUCUGUGAUGUUGAUAUCUAUUUCUCAGCCGAAUUCCUUAACAGCUGCCGGUUAAAUGCUGAGCCAGGUAAGAAGGUGUUUUACCCUGUGGUGUUCAGUCUUUACAAUCCUGCCAUUGUUUAUGCCAACCAGGAAGUGCCACCACCUGUGGAGCAGCAGCUGGUUCAUAAAAAGGAUUCUGGCUUUUGGCGAGAUUUUGGCUUUGGAAUGACUUGUCAGUAUCGAUCAGAUUUCCUGAGCAUUGGUGGAUUUGACAUGGAAGUGAAAGGUUGGGGUGGAGAAGAUGUUCAUCUUUAUCGAAAAUACUUACAUGGUGACCUCAUUGUGAUUCGGACUCCGGUUCCUGGUCUUUUCCACCUCUGGCAUGAAAAGCGCUGUGCUGAUGAGCUGCCCCCCGAGCAGUACCGCAUGUGCAUCCAGUCUAAAGCCAUGAAUGAGGCCUCUCACUCCCACCUGGGAAUGCUGGUCUUCAGGGAGGAAAUAGAGACGCAUCUUCAUAAACAGGCAUACAGGACAAACAGCGAAGCUGUUGGUUGAAAUCAUAAUUAAUGUGUUACUGUGUGAACCACAAACCAGCACUAUUUAUUUAGCCUUACUUCUACUUCCAGAUGCAGUGCCUCUUUUGGAAAAGACUUGUUUAUUUUUCAUAUUCUUUCUGACAUUACUUUAGCAAUUCAACUUGAUGUAAGAAGAAAAAGCAAAUGUUUCAACAUGAAAUCUCUGUUUUGUGAGAAUAUUGCACUAUGGAAUAAUUGACAAAUUGAAAUCUCACAUUUGUCCCAAAAGUUGUUUUGAGUUAGUUCUACCUGGUGCCCAUGUUCUGACUGUGUGUGGGAUGGCAUGGUGUCCUGAUUGCAUCUAGGUGGAGCAGAUGGAAUGUGCUGGGCCGCUGUUGGGUGGAGAGCAGCACAUUCUUACAGAGGAGAUGGAGCGUUAUGAGCAUAGUGUGUGGACAGGUAUCUUCACCUGCCCACCCCUGAGUCAGCCUGCUUGAUUUGAUAGCUCAAAGAAUCCUUUUCCACUGAAGUAGAGGAUAAUUAAUUGACACAUCUGAAAUCCCCAAUCAGUCAAUCAAGAGAAAGGUAGAAAUAAAAACUCCUUAACUUAACUGUUGCUUACACCCUGAAAGUCUGUUUUUAAGCAAAUGGGUAAUAGUAGAAAAUAGGUUAGAAUCUAUGGCUUGAUUAAAAAUAUAAUGUUAUUACAUUAUCAUUUUCAGGAUUAGUAGUCAGAGUUGCUGUAAACUAUUUUGAACAAACAGAAAAGAACAUGGAAACAUUUUUAACAGAGCAUUUAAUUAUGUUGGAGUACAGGAUCCUAGCUGUGUCUGGGAACAUUAGUUUAUGUUAGCCAUCUACAUCAGGGUCUUCCCAUGGUGGGUCAGAAUAGAUGAGUAUAGCAUGGUUUUGUUUGUUUUUGCUUUCAAUUUUCUCAUUUGGCAUGGAUCCAUAUGUAUUUACUAUCCUUUUUUCUAAUGUAUUAAUAUAUGCUACAUUUGUAUUUGCAUUACUAUAAUACUUUGAGUUGAAAAAGAGUUUCAUUGUGGAGAGAAAAAGCAAAUGUAUGCCACAAGAUCACUCUGAUUUGAGAAAAGGGAGGAGGGGAAGAUAGUCUGAAUGGAAAUCUGAAAUAUGGAAUGUUUUAUAGAAAUAUAUCACUUGUAUAUAGAAUGUUUUAACUGAGGUAUAAAUUAAUGAGACAAAGUGAAGAAGAAAUUAUAUUCACAUAGGACUGCACUACAUUAUUUAUCACACAUGGAUCUGUUACCAUCAGGUCAAUUCCUAGUAUGCAUAAAUUUUUUAACCUUUGGCUUUUAAAAGAGACCUAUGUUGAAAACCACUGAAAAUUCACUGAAGAAAAAUCAUUAUUCUUUUUCUCAGUAAAUCAUAUAAUCUGAAAUAUUACAAAUUUCAAAAUUCUAGGUGCUAUAUUAAUUCAAUAUUACAAUAACUCUUACCCAAUUAUUCUUACAGAUUUUAAGUUGUGGUUUAGUGAUUUUUUUUAAAGAUGUGUGAAAUGUUCUUUGCAAAAUAAUUCAGGCCACUGUCUCCUUUUAUGUAUUAUUAUAAUUAUUUAUUAUGAAGACCAUUGAAUUAUGAUAUUUAAAGUGAGAGAACUUAAUUAUUUGCAAAGGUAAGUUACAGCUUGUUUUUUGAGAGAAUCAAAUGAGUUUACUUUCGUUCCUCUUGUUUUUAAACUAGCUUGUAGUUUAAAGAUGGAAGCUAAGCAAUGGAAAUGUUAUAUGUUUUUGACAUUUAUUAAAUGGUACCAAUAAAGUAUUUUAUUAUCAAAAGUUAAAUGAAAA